CAUUUCGUUGCGUCCAACCUCAAGUGGCCCGCGUCGCUCGACUCGUCCCAUCCUCUCCCUCAUCCCCGCACUCUUCAUACCGGCAAUGGCUGCAGGCCCGGUCCCCCCACCCAACGCUGAAGCAUCCUCCAGCAAGCACUCAAUAUACGAAGCCAGCACACAGUAUCGUCACUGGCGCUUCUCACCAGAGGAUCUCGCGCAAACGCGCACAGCCCUCAACGCCGCUGCGGUCUCUGUUAUCCGCGACGCCUUUGAGAUAGAUGAGACAGGUUCCUCUGCAGACGUAUCCUUCCUCGACGCAGACGAGGAAUGCUUACUGGUCAAGCUGUAUAUCGGAAAGAUCUCACAACUAUGUGAUCUCUUCCGGUUUCCGGAAGAGGUAGAGGCCACCGCCAUGACAUAUCUCAAACGCUUCUAUCUCAAGAACACCGUGAUGGAUUGGCAUCCGAAGAACGUCAUGCUCACUGCAUUGUUCCUUGCCACCAAGACAACAAAUAACCCCAUACCCGUUGACACAUACACGUCGCGCAUUCCCAAAACACAACCCUCCGAUGUACUCGACUUGGAGUUCCUAGUGGCACAAAGUCUAGGCUUUGACUUCGCUGUGUGGCACGCACAUCGAGCGCUUUGGGGAAUGUCAUUAGAUGUGCAGGCCAUACCCGAGACUACCCGCGAAGAAGUGCACCGUGCAUAUCAGAUCGCCCUCAACCACGUUCGUGCAUCUCGGUUGACGGACGCCGAGCUGUUAUUCACACCGGCACAAAUAGCCCUAGCAUGUCUUUCGACGGCUUCACCACAUCUAGCGGUGUCUUGGGCGCGCCUCAAGCUUGCGGACCAGGCAGACGCGCUGCUCUCCGGUAUCGAGCCAAUCAAGGCCAUGGUCGGUGCUCAUGGGGCACUGCCGAACUUGGAGGCCGUGCGGGAUGUGGACCGGCGGCUGAAGCUCUGCAAAAACCCGGAGAAAGUGGUGGGUAGCAGAGCAUACCUCAAGAAACAAGGAGAGGCAGAACAGAAGGCAGACGAGAAGAGGAGACGGAAGGCCGCUGCGGUGAGGAAGGCGAUGGAGGAAGGUGAUCCAUUCGGCAGUGAGCUCGCCGGGGAUGGCGGAAUGGAGGAUGAUGACGAUGACGAUUGAAGCGGUGCUAUAAUGGUAGCAAGCUUCUUGCGUCUGUGUGAUAUGCUUUGAUGACCCGUCGUCCUGUAUAUGUAUGACAUUCCGAGAUGGCAUCUGGAGAUAUCGUUACUGGUCAUUGCUACCAAUACCAACGAACUACGUGUGUACCGCCGAAGGGCAGUACACCUGUACAGUAUG